AUGGUCACAGAAGAUGGUCUGAGUAUUCAAUAUGUGAAAGUGAUCCGUGAGCAAGAGCAAGCCGAUGACCCGGAAAUCGAAAAUAAGAUCCGCUCGAGUGAUAUGGAUUGCCUGACGGCUGGGAGCUUCGCGAACAAUCGCGAUCCUUACCUCGUUUCGUACACCGUCUUCGAUCCACUCGAAGACUUGGAAUAUAUGAUUGGAUUAGUGCGGGAUGUGAAUGAGGAUAUAACACAUGAAAUUCCGUAUUGUACGUCGGAUUUGCCGUUUAGUAUGUAUGCUUUCGAACAUCUUUCUGGAAUGCAGCAACGUGAUUCGCUGUCAUCGCCGUACGAAUACGAACUGCAGAAAGCGUUACCUUCAAGAUUUCGCAUCGUCGAUUUUGCACAUUACGUUGCUGUCACGUUGAAGAAGGAGCCGAUGAGCGCACCGUUAUUGAAUUUAGCAGCGCUUUAUUGGCGAAUAAAAGGCGAUGCUAAGAAUGCAAUCGAAUGUCUGAGACGAUCACUUCACUAUUCAACGCAUGACAAACGAGCUCGAGCGAUGGUCGCAUUAGGCAAUUUGCUGCAUCGAGCCGGGCAUUCUUCGGACGCUGUUAUUCUUUAUCAGUUGGUGAUGAAUGAAGUGAAGAAUGCGAAUUUGCAUAUGGCAAUGGGCGAUGCAUUGACAGUGAUUCAGAAUCGUACUGAGGCAAUCGUAGAGUACGAGCAGGCAUUAGCGAUCGAUGCGAGUCUCGAGAGUGCAUCGAUUAAGGCAGCGGCUUUGAAAUGCGAUCUGAAGUUGAUCGAUGCCAUGGAGAAACAACACAGGAAUUUAUUGAGUACAAUUUCGGAGAAGACGAAUUAUAAUAAUAGAUUUGAGUUGGUGAAAAUGUUGGAGGAGAACGUUCGCAGGAAUGUGUUGGAUACGGAUGGUAAACUGCAAUCUGCGUUGAUCUAUGAGUUCUUCACGUUCGGCACACUUCCGUACGUGACGUGUCGAACUGUGAAGCAACAAGACGAUCGUUUGGGAAUGCACUGUGGUGUUAGUGACUUGCGCAGGUAUAGGACGAUGAUCAGCGAGAAGCAUCUGAAGAUGUUCGACGCUGCACGACGAAGUGCUAUGCUUAUCAAUGAAACAUCGCAUUGGUAUGAUGGCGAUACGGGUUUAGUGCAAGAAGAAGACGACGACAAGGAACUGACUGAAUUCUUAACGGGUUUAGAGCCAUUCAAAGGCAUGGAUUGGGAUGAACCCACCGAAGAGCGCAUGUACCCACGCAAAAUUGAAAGUUCGAUGAGUAAGUUGUUGGAACGGUAUUUGAGUGGUGAAUGGCCAAACAAGACGUUGUGUGAGGCGAAUCGAUGGCAUUACUCGAUGCCAUCUGCUGAUAAUUUACCGCAAUUGUUCAUGAGCCCUGAAAAUAAAGGAUUUUGUGUAUCAGAUCUGCUGAACAAGUAUCUUGGCUUAUCACCGCACAAGCAGCAUCCAUUGCCAUGGGCACUGCCUCGAUGUGAUAGCUUCAUUCGGGAUGAACCGCUAUCGUCAAUGUUCAAACUGCCCGGCGUUGUGCACGCUGCAUCUCGACGCCGUUCAAUCAGAUUCGCCGAGGAGAGACUCCGAUCGACGUUCGUCAGUCUGGUCGGCACCCGUGCCACACAAGCCGACGUCGCGCAACGUAUCAAAACACUUCUCACCUACAACAUCGGUCCCAAGUGGAUCGCACUGAACCUGGCCGCACUCUAUUGGCGUGUUGUUGGUGUCCCACACGAAGCGAUCGAGUGUCUUCGAGCUGCAUUACACUUCCAACCGGAACGUCACGCAGAUGUGGCGUUGACACAGCUGGCGCAGUUGGUGAUACGAACAGCGUCGGAACGAGAGCAUUUGAGAGAUGCAGUGGCCUUGUUGAAUACGGCAAUUCACGUCGAUCCGAAUGAACCGUUGACGCACUUCUUGAAUGGCUUAAUCGAGAUUCUGCAAGGCAAUAACGCACUUGCAAUGGCUUAUAUUCGUGCUGCAGUCAUACUCGACCCACUCUUCCAGCCAGCCGUUGACGUAUUGCACACACUCAAGUGUGCAUCAAAGGAUGAGAACAAGCUAUCGUCGGGUGUGCGAGUUGAAGUGCGAUGUUGCUCACGUUCAGAGCCGAAUAUCUUUUGCAUUGUUGCAUCUGGUGAAUGUUUUAAAGCACAUCAACAUGGCGCUUAUGAAGCCGUUCUUUGUGCUUCAGCAAAUGAUAAUGCGAAUAUUUGUAAACGAGCCAGCCCUGCUGUAGCGUUCAUCGCAUCCGCAUUAGUUCCGUCCAACGUGCAAGAUGUACGAGAGUUGGAUGAAGUGGAGGUACACGAUCAUGAGAGUGCGGCGGAUAGAUUCGAUGAGUUACAUAUUGAUACGUCCGAUGAGAUAGCACUGGAUUAUGGCGCAGAUCAAUCGUUGAAAAAGAUUCUGGCAGUUCUUCAUUGGGUACAGAGGGCAGUCGAGCUGUUGCAGGUGCUUUAUGCUGGUGCAAGACGUGUAAUCGCUCAACAGACUGACGAAGAAGUUUGGCAGGAAGAAGUUCUCGUACGCAUUGUGCCUUUUCCCGAGAAUGCUUUAUCGUUAUCACAAAUGUCCGAUCGUCGUCAGAUGCUCGCAUACGAUAUUGAACUUCCCGAGGUAUUGCCUUUGCCGUUGAAAGAACAAAUCAAACUAGGUCUUCAAUACUUCCCACCCGCAAAAACGUCAGAUCCGAAUUUUUGUAGCAAUGUCAAAAUGAGCAUAUCAAUGCUGCAUGAACAAACCACAUCGACGUGGGUAUCAGUGACUGCAAAGGGCGUUGGACUUGAGCAGUACAUGGAUCUGAGUAAUCCAGCUCCGGAAAUCGCUGGAUUCGAGCCGAACUGUCCAGAUCUGGAUAAACCGUCACCGUUGCGAACGUUCGACCAUCUGCCCGCUUAUCAUCUGCGUGAACAGUUCAUCUUUUACAAACCCGAAAAAGCACUUACCGACGCGUUUCAAAGUUUGGGCAAUGAAAGGGAACGAAUCGAACAUGUUGCUGGUCGAUUGAUGAUCGCCAUGAAGGUGUCGAAGUUAACACCGAACCUGAGCAAGGAUCAAGACGGCGGUGUUCAUUGGACGUUGUCUACAGCAUCGACGCUGUAUUGGCGAGUGAAGGGCGAUGCGGUGAAUGCUCUGAAGUGCUUGAGACAUUCUCUGAACAACGCUCCUUCCGAUAUGAAGGAUGUUGCUUUGGUGAGUAUGGCGAAUAUAUACCAUCAAGCGGGUCUUUUACACAGCGCGCUGAUCGCCGGAGGAGCGGCAUUAGGCAUAUCACCGAAACUCGUGGCCAUUCACUUCACACUGGCCAAUAUCUACGCAACCAUGUUCUAUUAUUCAACACUGUCGUUACAGUCCAACUUCAAACCUGCCAAAGAGCGUAUUCGAGCAAUUUAUUGUCACACGGGGAACAGCUCCCCUUUUCAGUGA